AUGUCAGUGAAAUCACCAACUUCGGCAUCACCGACGGCUACCGCAAGUGUGUUGCCAACUACACACAUAAACGAACCAUCGCAUCACAUUUCAUCGUUUUUCAAUGAAUCGGCCCCUGGCGUUUCAUCGAACUUGGCUCCCUCGCUGCUACAUCGAGAUCCCGUUGAUGUUGGUGCUGUUGCAAAGACAACUCAACCUCCCUCAGAACAACAACAACCCAGCAUUACCUCACCAGUGGUGCCUCGACCGGAACUUUGCGUUAAUGGAAAUCACUCGCCCACUGGCAAAUCUCUGCAUCAACAACAACAACAAAAGACAACAAGUCUAAACUCACAGCAGGAUAGGGCCUCGCAACAAUGUUCGCCAUUUUCUUCACCGAAAGCCAGCAAUCCUGAAAACUUGAUUCAAUUGGAUAAUCUCAGCGCUGUGCCUUCUACUAUUCGUCUAAGAGCCGACUCGACAUUUUCUGCUCAAGACAGUCUUCGGUUGCACAUGAACCACUUGCGGAGCAGAGGCCUUGAAGAUUCGAGGUCAUCGCUGUUUUUCAACCCUGCAACACGCUUUUCCACGCCAGUGAGGGAAACGAAGCAUGUACUUUUAGAGUAUGACCCCAUAACGCGGAGAAAAGUAUUAAACACCUACGAGAUCCUACGAGAGAUUGGGAGGGGCGAGCAUGGGAAAGUCAAGUUGGCCAAGGAUUUGAUCCACAAGGAACUCGUGGCAAUCAAAAUUGUUAACCGAAAAUCCAAAAAGGAAAGACCAUCGCUCCGGCAGCGCCGAGAUUCAAAAACGCCCGUUGUUAAUGAAUACGAACGGAAAAUCAAGCGCGAGAUUGCAAUUAUGAAAAAAUGCAGGCAUAAACAUAUUGUAUCUUUACGAGAAGUCUUGGAUGAUAUCAACUCCCACAAAAUAUACUUGGUAUUGGAAUAUUUGGAGAAAGGGGAGAUUAAAUGGAAGAAAUUGAAGUCGGAUUUGCAGAAUGACGAAGAAAAAAUUUGUAAUGUUGACGAUAUGGUGAUUCCAUGCUGUGGCAUGAGCAACAGCGGCGGCGGACCUCGCCAGCCUCACCAUCGUUUAUCCAAUGACGACGACUUGUUAUCCAAUGAAUAUUCCCCAAAUCUCACGUUCAAACAAUCUAGAAAGAUUUUCCGCGACGUGUUGCUUGGGUUGGAGUAUCUCCAUAUGCAGGGUGUGGUGCACCGCGACAUCAAGCCGGCAAAUUUAUUGGUCUCGGCCAACUACACUGUCAAAAUAAGUGAUUUUGGCGUUUCGUUUGCUUCAUCGUUGAAUGAUUGCGAAGAGGGCCAUUUGGUUAAUGAAUUGGACUUGGCGAAAACAGCAGGCACGCCCGCGUUUUUUGCGCCGGAAUUGUGCCAUCUAGAUGUGGGAGAUGUAGGAGAUGCCGACGAUGACGCCAUCAAGUCACCUCCCAUUGACCACAGGAUCGAUAUCUGGGCCUUGGGCGUGACAUUGUACUGUCUUUUAUUUGGAAAAGUGCCCUUCAACGCCGACUCGGAGUUUGAAUUAUUCAACGUUAUUGCCAACAAGAAGCUAGAAUUCCCGCAAAGCAUCGAAGCAUUCAACUCUCCAGGCCCAGUGAAGGAGCUCGAGUUUCAAUUAGCCUGCGACUUGCUCGAGCAAAUGCUUCAAAAAAACCCCGAAAAAAGAUUAUCUAUUCGCGAGAUUAAAGAACACCCAUUCACGUUGAUGGACUUGGAAGACGACGUCGAUUCCCUCCAUGACUUAUUCAACCUCAAUAACGCCGCUAAUGGGCUGGAGACUACUUUUGACUUCAACUUGAAUGACUGCGACAUUGUUACCCAAGAGGAAAUCGAUAAUGCUGUGAUUGGUGUAGGUACAAGAAUCAAGCGAAGCUUGGUGAGGGCCAUCAGAGCUGGAGGGUUGAAAGAUUCCGAAAUCAAGAGCAAGUUUGACGGCAUGCAAGUCGACCGGCUCAAAAGCGGAGGAUCCAGCGAAGAGUCAUCUAGUGAAUACUCCAACUUCAACUCCGGAAUCAAGCUCAACAGGUUGCAGACCAACCACUCUGUCAUCUUAUCGGAACAACCCUUGACAACACCGGCAUCACCACUACUCAGUCACUCCUCCUCCUCCGCUGCUGCUGCUGCCGCGAAUCUGACCAAGGCUCAUCCCGAAUCGUCGUUGCACUAUAAUCCGCAUGUGCCGUCGCAUCUAUCGAACCAAGUGUCGGGCCAGUUGAAUUCAACUUUUUCAUUUCAAAAUCCUUAUUCGCUCACUGUGCCGAGAGAAAACGGGAAAAGCUAUCUCCACGAGAUGAUUGAAUCGCAAAGCGUAAGCACCAGUAGAAGAGGAAGUGCAGGAGGAGUUGAAGCUCCACAAAUUGAGACAAAGAGAAACGUUGGAGGUAACUUGUACUUGAAAAACCAAUCGCUCGUUGACACUUUUAAAGAGAUACAGGAAGAGGAUGACAAGAGGAGACGCUCAAGUUUGCUUUCCUCGCAUCUAAACACUUCAACAAAGAGUUCUGUGUCUAGUGACUUGAAUCCGGCCUCAAACUCCAACAUGCAGUACCAGUACCAGUACCAGAACCAGAACCAAAACCAAAACCAAAACCUGUACCUAGAACAGGCAAAAGCUCAGGUGAUGUCACAGCCUCUCAAGAUUCCGCCAGCAAUUGUGACUCCCAUACCCGUGCCCGCGGUCAGACCCAACUAUGAGUUUAUCAACGACGAAAUUAGGAGGAUUGAAGUUCACUCCGACGAGUUUUCGCCCACUGAUAACAACGAUGAUGCUGGUGGUGGUGUUGGUGGUAAUGGUGGUCGCGCUGACGACGUCCAGACAGAGUUUUUCAAGGCAACUGCGCCUAGGAACCUCGGUCACAAUGAAAACUUGGAGAAUUCGUUCAUGUCGUUACCACUCACUGAAAGCUUUGCUUCGCUUGAUAGCAUCAACGAUGACUAUUUGUCGAGAAAAUAUGAAGAGUACGAGGCGAAACAACACGAUGCCAAGACCAAAUUCAUUAAAAUGGGCAGAAGAAAAUCAAGCUUUUCCGAAGCGGACAUUUCUGGCAAUUAUCACACCUCGGAUAAUAUUAGAAACAAAUUUGAGGCUUUCAAUCUCAGCGACCAGAUGUCCGGCAACAAAUCUCCCAGCUUGAAAAAGGAAAAAGAGCAAGGGCGAGGGCAAGGGCAAGUGCAAGAGGAAGAUGCCCUCGUUGUGCCGGCUACAGGUCGGCCAGCACUCUUGUCGAGAACAUCGAGCCGCAGCGAUUCCUAUUCGUCAUUUUCGACCGAUACCGGAUCUUCAGACGAGGAGGAUGAAGAAGAAUCAGAUGGUGAAGAUUUGACGUUAGCGUUCCAUUCAAAGCUUGCGCCGGCUAACAGGCCACCGUUCUUAUCGCAUGCCCAUAGAUCCAAAUCCCACGAUUCUCACAUUCCAUACUUGAAUGGCCACCAGCAACGAGUCGAUGAUGUUGCACCUCCUGUGAUUUUCCACACUGGUUCCCCGGAAUUGGAAGAUGUCCCGCUGGCAUUGAUGAUUGCUGCGCCAGUGAAUAAUGAGCAAAGACAAACUUCACUGCCCACGGUUGUCAGAGCGGGGAUCGACCAAAUGAAUGACAGCAGAGUCAAAGCAUCACCAGAUCCAUGUGUGGCAACUACAUUUAAACUGAAGUUGAAGCCCGGGUCAUCCACAAUCACUGCUCAAAUGCCCUUGUCCCCCACGGCCGCGGUGCGCAAGGCAGCAAUCAUUCGCAACAUUGAGUCGAGUGAGCACCGCAAGAAGUCAGAGCAGCAGUUGUUUCGUGAAAAUAUCUUCAACUACCAAUUCAACAAUCACUACAAAAAGGCACCCGUGUUUCUGGCCUUCCCCGAUGCUGUUAACCAUUUAGAUAACGAUGAACAGGCCAUUUUACAAACUUCCGCGCGGAAAUUCCAUGCUAAUCGCCCAGCUUAUUACAGGUCUAACUCCGUUGCUGUUGGUGUUUUGCAACACACGAGCGAUGGCUUGAUCACCGAUAUGAUUGAAGAAAAGAUGGAGAGCGGGAAUAACCCACGUGAUCACAACAAGUAG